CACCGACCAUCAAUUUUAUAAGGUCAGCAUCGAAACCGUCCAUUUAAAAGUGGUAUCCCCACCACCACCACAUCCUUUUACAAUAAUUAAUCGGUAACUAAAUUCUCUCCCAUUUCCCAGCUCUCUACACCCCCCAAUCUUUUCGCGACCCCAAGGAAGAGUCAAUUUCAAAAUCCCACGCGCCACCACUGCGAAAUCCCACCCGCCAUCCAUGGCCUCCCCACCGACACCCCCAAUCUCGAAUCCCCAAUCCACUACUACUACAGGUCCCCAAUCACAGCCACCCAUCGCCACGCCCGCUUUCCGUGCGUUCAUCUCACGGCUCUCUUCGUCUGUCCGCAAUGGCUUCUCUCAUCGCCGCCCGUGGUCUGAACUCCUCGAUCGGAGCGCCAUGGUCAGGCCUCUGUCGCUCUCCGAAGCCUACUCUCGGAUCCGGAAGAACUUCUCCUACUUCCGUGUCAACUACGUGACUCUACUCGCCGUCGUUCUCGCUCUCUCGCUCCUCACCCAUCCUUUCUCUCUCCUCAUCCUUCUUUCUCUCCUCGGUGCCUGGUCUUUCCUCUACCUUUUCCGGCCAUCCGAUCAGCCUCUGGUCAUCCUCGGCCGCACGUUCUCCGAUGCCGAAACGCUGGUCGGAUUGGUCCUCUUGACCGUCAUCGUCGUGUUCGUCUCCAGCGUUGGAUCGCUCCUCAUCUCGGCGCUCUUGAUCGGAUUCGCUAUCGUCUGCGCUCACGGUGCGUUCAGAGUUCCCGAGGACCUGUUCCUCGACGAUCAAGAGCCGUCUAAUGUCGGUUUGCUCUCGUUCCUCGGCGGCGCUGCCUCAGCCGCCGCUCCUUCCGUCGCCGCGCGUGUGUAGUGAGAUGUCCGGCCGAGCACGUGCCUCGCUGAUGGCUUCUUCGAGGUUUGUCAGAGCGAAGCUUUGUUGUACUCUUUUUCUUUUUUUUUAGUCUAUGCGAUUGAUUAUUCUUAUUAUCUUCUUGGUGAAAAAAGAAGGAAGAUUGAUUUGUUUUGGGGGGGUUUUUUUGGGAGCAAAAGCUAGGGUUUUACGUAGAUUUGCUGUGAACUAAUUUUGCUAAGUUGUAAAACAUUUCUUUCUAGUGAUGGAUUUAGUUCUACGUUAUAUUCA